AUGAUUCUGCAUCAUAUAAUAUUGGAAUAUAAUUACAGAAGUGCUCAAACAUACUUCUCUUAAAUUUUUUUAUUCACUUUGGAUGCACUAAUAUAAGUUAUCUAGAAUAUACAGGGAUAGGAAGAAUAGAGCUUAAAAGAAGAAUAAUUAAAAUGUAAAGAUUAGUUUAACAUAAUUAAUGAUAAAUAAAUAAAUAAAAUAUCAAAUGUAUUUAUGAAUUCAAAUAAAUCAAAUUAAUUUUCUAUUUUUUAAAUUAGUGUAUUUUUUAUAUAUAUCAUACAAUUAAUUUUUAGACGUUUUAUAAAUUUUUCUUUUAAUAUUUUAUCCUAACCUCAAGGUUCUUCAGUCAAUUUUUUAGGAAGGAUUUAAACGAGAUUAUACGUUAAUAAAUAUAUAAAUAAAUCUAAUAAUAAGAAAUGUCAAUUAAAAACUCUAUUUUAUACUACUUAAAUUUUAAGAAACUUUAAAAAUUUUUUUGAAGAAAAUUUAGCAAGAUUAAACAAUUAUAUUAGAAAAUCUUAGUUAACAUCCUUUAUUAUUUUGCUAAUAAAUUAAUUUUUCAUUAUACUUUAGACAUAUAAAGUUAUUGAAUUUAUUAUUUAUUACAUACAAUAUAAAAUAAAUGUAAAAUCUAAUUUUUGA